CCUUUAUAUACAUUAUCAUUUUAAAACGAACACUUCACCUAACUAAUCACCCCCAAAAAAGUCCCAUUUUUUUCCCAAUCUUGUUGUUCCAAUUUUCAUUGCUCUUCUGCUCAAGGCAGCAGAAGCUUGUUGACAGUAUAGAGUGCACUCUUCAGCUCUUUCUAAUUUUAAAAAAAUUUCUUGUGGUGUUGGUGGAGUAGAGACUAUGGAGGCUAGAGUUUCGCAGAGCCUUCAGUUGUCCUCAUGGAUAAAUUCCGAUAAGGUAGUAAGGAAACCGAGUGGUUUGUUGCGUUUCUCUGAGAAGUGGAAUGAAAAACCAAGGCAUCGGGUAGUUGUAUCCUGCCAUUUACAGCCUAGAAAAGCUGCACAUUCUGAUAGACGAGUACAGUUGAAAGUUUCAUGUUCUCCUCAAAAUGUUCAAGCUUCAGUUCUGGAGUCAGGAUGUUUCUCUGCAUCAAUUGAUGAAAUCGAGACAUUAAAGAAUAAAGCAGAAGAAGUUGAAGAAUAUCUAGAUGGACGAUGUGUAUACCUCGUUGGAAUGAUGGGCUGCGGAAAAACAACUGUGGGCCGGAUUUUGGCAGAAACACUGGGAUAUUCCUUUUUUGACUGUGACAGGCUGAUAGAGCAGGCUGUUGGUGGAAUUACUGUAGCUGAAAUCUUUGAGCUUCGUGGAGAGAGCUUCUUCAGGGAUAAUGAGACUGAGGUAUUGCACAAACUAUCUUUGAUGCAUCGGCUUGUUGUUUCAACGGGUGGAGGUGCAGUUGUUCGUCCCAUUAAUUGGAGGCAUAUGCACAAGGGUAUUAGUGUUUGGUUAGAUGUUCCUUUAGAAGCUUUGGCCAAGAGAAUUACCGCGGAAGGAACUAAAUCUCGCCCCCUUUUACAUGAAGAAUCAGGAGACAUUUAUGAUACGACUUUGAAGCGGUUAACUACUUUAAUGGAGACGAGGGGUGAAAAUUAUGCCAAUGCAAGUGCCAGGGUUUCACUAGAAAAUAUUGCAUUGAAAAGGGAAAAAGAUGUCUGCCAUAUUACACCUGCUGAAAUUACUUUAGAGGUUCUUAUACAAAUUGAGAACUUCUUAAAGACACAAAAGAGCGUAGUUGUGCUAUAAGCUUUUUCACUACCAAUCGUGUGGAGGUCAAUGGUUUGGUGCUCUACUCUCUUGACCAGGGUACGAUUUUAGGUGUUCGAGACAAUUGAGGUUUUGGUAAUGUUUUGUUUCUGUUAUGUAAUUGUACAUAAUCAAAACCAUUUUUGGAACUGUAGUGUAUCCUAAGCGUCCAAUUGUUGUAUGCUAAGAAUGCAAACUCACUAGUUAUUUCGUUUGUUUCAAAGUUUGUGACAGAAAUAAAUACCCAAAUUUCCAAUAAUUUCAAGCUCCCAUUAACAUCACACAGA